GUUGUCGGAAUACGGGUGUGAAAUCCGGCAUUGCCAGGGUAACCGUUGCACUGAGGGCUUUUUCUUCUCCUGAGAUUUUCCGCAGGCAGCGACCGCAACGGUUAUCUAUCUACACCGAGAGACGACAUGGUGAAGCUGGGCAGUUCUCUUGGCGAGAAGGUGGAGAGGGAGCCAUCAAUGGAGGAUGGCUUUGAUAACAUCCCUCUGAUCACACCGCUGGAGGUUAACCAGCUACAGAAGCCAUUUCCAGACAAGGUGAUUGUCAAAACAACAACUGAGUAUCAACUGCAGCAGAAGAAAAAGAAGAAGCUCUACGUGCCGAGCAUUAAGAAGCUCAACAUAAACCUUUAUGGCGAGGUGUCAGAGAAGGUCAAGCUCACAGGACUAAUUCUCAUCACCCUGGCUUUCCUGGCGUGUCUGCUUCUGCUGGUUAUGUAUAAGGCCCUUUGGUAUGACCAGCUAAGCUGCCCUGAGGGUUUUGUCUUGAAGCAUAAGCACUGUACCCCUGCUGCUCUGGAGAUGUACUACCCGGAACAGGAAUCCGGCUCGAGGGGCAGCCUGUACACCGCCAUCAGCCACCUCAACCAGGCCAAAAAGGCUCUCCCUGAGCUCUCCUCUCCAUGGCUGCCCGUCAUCAACGCCCUGAAGGAGGCCCAGAAGGCCAAAGAGGAGGCGGCCCACUCCCAGCAGUGAGGGCUGGGGGAAAGGGUAUGAUGAAGAAGAGGCAGAGGCGUGGAUCGACUGGACACUGAAGGAGGUGGUUGGGAUGGUUCAGUUUGUGUGUUUGUUUGAAUGAAUGUUUGGUGUUUGGUGGAGAUGAGAGUGUGUGUGUGUAUGUAUAUGUAUGUCUGUGUGUGUGCAAGCCUUCGUUGAUGUGUCGCAAGCAUCCAGGCAAGAUAAGAUAUAUCUGUCUUUGAAGUGCUGAGUUUGAAACCAGUUUAAAUCAGUAGCUCUGCAUUGGAAUCUACCUUACUCGUACUUGAUGAAAUAAAACCUUCUCAGCUGUUCAGCAGCAGCAGCUUUCUCAGUGUAUGAAAUCAUCACAUGUAGAUAUUCGCAACCUGUUCUUAAAGCCAGCUUUAGAGCUUCACAGCGCUGACCUUCAACUCAUUGUGGUUGUGCAGAUGCAUUCGUUUUUCUUCAGUGUUCGUGCUUCGUCAUUUCCGAAUGUCGUCCUUUAGGGGCUCUCACUCUUAGUUUAACGUGAACGUAACUUAGCUUAGUGAAAAACUGCAUGGCCUGUAAAAACGUGCUCUAAAGAACUGCAGUGCAAAACCAGAAAAGAGCACUCUCAACUUACAGCAGCAACAACAAUAAAACAUCCUCGUUUCACAACUUACAUACAAUUUAAAGCAUAUCAUGGUCUAAAAUUAUAUGUGUGAAAUGCAGUGCCACUAAAAAGUUUGUGAAUUCUUUACAGUUUUAUGCAUUUCUGUGUAAAUCUAAUCUUUGUUAAAGAGUCUUUGAAUUAGAUAAGGAGAAAUAAGGCUGGGUGAUGUGGAGAAAAAUAUUUAAUAUUAAUAUGAUAAUAUGUAAGCAGUCCUUUUCACAAUACACAGUAUUAAUCCCAGUAUUUUAAAAAUAAUUCAUUAAAGUAAUUAAAGUAAUGAUGGAAAAAACAUUUCCUUAUAUAAACCAUAAAGAAAAUAAAUACAUAUAAUAGGAUAUUUAUUUCAUUUAGUUUUAAAACUAAAUAGAUAUUUCAAAAAGGCUACCAGGUUCGAAAAGGUCUGCAAAAUAAUAUGUACAAAAACGUUUGGCUUCCACUAGUCAGUGGAGGCAGUAUUAACAUUUAGUAUUAGUAUUAACAAGAAGUGUUAACUGAAUUAAAACUUGAAAUAAUCUGUGUGAGAUUACGUCAGUUAGAGAUUCAAAAUAUUACUUUAAAAAUAUAUUUUUUUCUUUUUUUCAACUGAUAAAAUAAAGAGCUCUGUAUUUCAGGGUUCCUGCAGGUCCUUAAAAAGUCUUAACAUGUCUUAAAUUAAAAAGCAGGGAAAUUAAGGUCUUAAAUUUACUGUUAAUUUGCUGUAGGUAUUACAUUUUCGUAAUACUGUGCGUUUAAUGCCUGUGGGAAAGCACAUGCUAACUUUAGCGGUGAGUUAGCUAACAUUACCAGAAAGAGGACUAGUUAAUGUUAGCUAAUGAUAUACUAACAUUAGCAGCACAUUAUCUAGCUACAUUACUGGGUAGAGAACUAGAGAUCUGGAUUUAUAGAGAGAUGCAGAAAUGUAAUGUAAAGGGUCUACAAACAUUUUAGCUGCACUGUAUCCCCAUAACCCAUAAUCCUCUUAAACACAUUCUGCUACAACCCAUCUCAACUCAACACCAGGUGAUAUAACUGUAGCUCACCCAGGUUUGCUUUUUGUGCAUAGACAUGCUCUCUCUGUUUAGGCAUACCCACAGUACUCAUGCUGAAAUUUUAGUAUUCAGAUUGAAGUAGAACCAUCUGCUGUUCACACAGCCAUGUAAAUAGAAGAGUAAACCUUGCUGAAUGUAAUGUGAAACACAGGUGUGAAAAACAGGCUUUUGAUAUCGAUUUAAAUCUCACAGUGAAGUUCUCUGUUUAUUUGUUUGUGUUUGAACAGAUACACAGAACACAAACCACCACCAGCAACCGUAAAAGUAUUAAAUUAAAACCGUCCUGAUAGGAGUGCUCAAGAAUGUGAAAUUAAACCCCAGUAAGAAGCUUUGUAAACUCUUGAGUGUGUGUGUAUUUAUUGUUUGUGUUUUAAAGGACGCUUAAAAGAAUGUGCUAAUUUAAAAACCACUGCUCAUUACCAUGUUCCCCUUACUUUUUUGAUAGUAUUACACAGUCACAUAUUUUAACUUAAAAAAAGCUGUUUUUAUUAUUUAUUUAUUUAUUUAUUUUAUUUGUACAGCCUUAAAAUAUUUGUUGUAAUUAAUUGCUUGUUUGUAUUAUUUUUCCAAUAUUUAUGAACCUGGAAACUCAUUUUUGGAUUUAUUUUUGUAUAUUUUUGUGAAGAUUUUUACUGGAAACGGGACGUUAGUGUAAGAUUCUUUUACGAAGCAGCUACUGAUGUUGAUCAUCCCACAUUGUUAAAUCAUGUGUACGUGUGGCAAAUUACUGUUAUUCAUCAGCUUCAUCUCACUGAAAUAAAGAUUUCCGUAUUCA